CCAGCCCAGCCCAGCCCAGCAGGCCCUCCGUGCCUGUCGCUGGCUGGGAAGUCCUAUUCUCCGUCCUGAGUUCUUAGAGGUCCGGGGGCCGACUGAGAGGGUCUCGGGGGGGUGGGGCCCGGCUCUUCUUCCCCGUGAGCGGGUGGCACUGGCAGCCAUGGUGCGGAACGUGGACGACCUGGACUUCCGCGUGCCCUCGCACGCCCAGGACAUGCUGGACGGCCUGCAGCGGCUGCGCUCCCAGCCCAAGCUGGCCGACCUCACGCUGCUGGUGGGUGGCCGGGAGCUGCCCUGCCACCGCGCCCUCCUGGCGCUGAGCAGCCCCUACUUCCACGCCAUGUUCGCGGGCAACUUCGCCGAGAGUUUCUCGGCGCGAGUGGAGCUGCGGGACGUGGAGCCCGCCGUGGUGGGGCAGCUGGUGGACUUCGUGUACACGGGCCGGCUGACCGUCACGCAGGGCAACGUGGAGGCGCUGACGCGCGCGGCCGCCCGCCUGCACUUCCCCGCCGUGCAGAAGGUCUGCGGCCGCUACCUGCAGCACCAGCUGGACGCCACCAACUGCCUGGGCAUCUGCGAGUUUGGGGAGCAGCAGGGGCUGCCGGGCGUGGCCGCCAAGGCCCGGGCCUUCCUGCGGGAGAACUUCGAGGCCGUGGCCCGGGAGGACGAGUUCCUGCAGCUGCCCCGGGACCGGCUGGCCACCUGCCUGGCCGGCGAGCUGCUGCAAGUGCAGCCGGACCAGAGCCGGCUGGAGGCCCUGCUGCGCUGGGCGCGUCACGACCCUCAGGCCCGGGCCGUCCACCUGCCCGAGCUGCUCAGCCUGGUGCGCCUGGACGCCGUGCCCAGGCCGCGCGUGCAGCACCUGCUGGCCACGGAGCCGCUGAUCCGGGGCUCGGAGGAGUGUCGGGUGGCCCUGUCGCAGGGUCACGACGAGGCGCUGCCGGGCCUCCCGCAGAAGCUGCAGGAGGUUCUGGUGGUUGUGGGCGGGCGGGCACUGGAGGAUGAGGAGGGGGCCGAGGAAGCCACCCCUCACGGCAGGAACUUCGCCUUCUACAACACCAAGGCCAAGAAGUGGAUGGCGCUCCCAGACUUCCCCGACUACCACAAGUGGGGCUUCUCCCUGACGGCACUCAACAACACCGUCUACGUCACAGGUGGCUCCCGGGGCACCAAGACAGACACCUGGUCAACCACCCAGGCCUGGUGCUUCCCUCUGAAGGAGGCAGCCUGGAAGCCAGUGACACCCAUGCUGAAGGCCCGCACGAACCACGCCAGUGUGGCGCUCAACGGGGAGAUCUAUGCCAUCGGCGGGACCACUCUGGACGUGGUGGAGGUGGAGAGCUACGACCCCUACACAGACACCUGGACGCCCAUCAGCCCGGCCCUCAAGUACGUCAGCAACUUCUCCGCGGCCGGCUGCCAGGGCAGGCUGUACCUGGUGGGCUCCAGCGCCUGCAAAUAUAACGCCCUGGCCCUGCAGUGCUACAACCCUGUCACAGACUUGUGGAGCGUGAUCGCCUCGCCCUUCCUCCCCAAGUACCUGUCCUCGCCCCGCUGCGCCGCACUGCAGGGGACUCUCUACCUGGUCGGUGACAACACCAAGAAGGUCUACGUGUACGACCCCGGGGCCAACCUGUGGCAGAAGGUGCAGUCCCUGCACAGCCUGCACGAGAACGGUGCGUUGGUGCCGCUGGGUGACACGCUGUACGUGACGGGGGGCCGCUGGCAGGGCGUGGACGGCGACUACCACGUGGAGAUGGAGGUCUACGACCGCGGGCGGGACGCCUGGACCCACCACGGCGCCCUGCCCCGCCUCUGGCUCUACCACGGGGCCUCCACCGUCUUCCUGGACGUGUCCAAGUGGACCCAGCCCUUCAGCCCCACCCAGGAGCACUGAGCAGCUCUGGGUCGGACGGGGGGUGGGGGUGGGGGUGGCGGCUGAGCCCCCCACCCAGGGGACGGCCCCCCUUCGCGUGCUGCCUGUCUGUUCAGCUGGUGCUGCCGGGCCCCCCAGGGCUCGGGCCACCAGGGACAUCAGAGGACACCAUAGCCGCCACCCCGGCUCUGAGCUGACCAGCGGCAGGGCUUUGGACUCUGGCCUCCUGCACGGAGGCAAGAAGCAGCCGUCCUGCCCACGGGGCGUCUGAGGCCUCAAAGGAGCCGAGGGGCCCGGGGAAGCACGGGGAGGGCCCCCGCGCCCUCCAAAUGCUGCCGCCCCAGCCGUGUGUCCGGCCGUGGCUUCUGGAAGCCGCAUCACAGAACGAAGGAUCCCGGGGUGGGGUCUACGCCAGGCGUCUGUGGGCCUGCCGCCGCCUGGCCCGCAGCUGUGUGACCGCAGCCGGCAGCUGCCCGUCUCUGGGCCUCAGGCUCCAGUGGGGCACCGAGAAGGGAGGAGGCCGGGCCCGGGGCCCGGGAGAGAGGGUCCUCUGCCAGUGUCAGGGCUGAGGGAAGACACAGUGAGCAACGGCUUCCCCGGAAGGUGAGCAGGAGGGGUGCUCUCUGGCCAGGAAUCCCCCGAUUUCUUGGGGUGGUUUGCUCCCAUGACGCAUCGAGAGUUCCCAGCAGACCCAUGAAGGGAAAGGUGGGGGUCCUGCAGGGACUCCGGGGGAUGCCUCUCGGGCACGGUGGUGUCCUGCUCCCAGUUGGCCUCCUGAGCGAGGGGAGUGCCCAACGGGCUCCUGCCAGACUGUGCUGUGACUCAGGGUGCCUCGGGUCUGCCCCAGGGCGCCUUGGGUCUGACCGGGGUCCCACGUAGAACUGGUUCAAGCCUCCCUGCUCCUUCCCACUGGUCCUUAACAAGGUAUCGCACUGAAGGACUCUCACUGGGUGCUCAGUGGCCCUCCCCCUCGGUCACAAGCUUCAUCAAGGGACCCAGGACUACAAGUCGGGGGUCCUAGGUCCAGCCUGGUUCCAGCCCUGGCACUGACUGUCUGAGGUCUGGGGAGCCCCCACCUCCCUCUGGACCUGGGUUUUCUCUUCUUUUAAAUUAAAAAAAAAUUUUUUUUCAUUUAUUUUUGAGAGAGAGAGAGACAGAGUACGAGUAUGGGAGGGGCAGAGACAGAGGGAGACGU